AUGGGUGGGUGGGUGGACAGACGGACGGACAGACGGACGGAGGAAGGCGGCGUGAACGCAGGACCGGACGGAGGCACGGAGGGCUGGGCGAGGCAGACGGGGGGUCGGAAGGUCCCGGCCGUGCCCCGCAGCCGCCCCGGCAGCACCCGCAGCGCUGGGCUCGGGCCCGGGCCCGUCCCGUCCUCGGGAGGGGGGGGGGGGGGGGGGGGGGGGGGGGGGGGGGGGCCGGUGCCCGGUGGCGGUGUCGGGACGCGGCCGUGCCCCGCAGUGUACUCGCUGGACGGGCUGCUGGUGUUCGGGCUGCUCCUGGUGUGCACCUGCGCCUACCUGCGGAAGGUGCCGCGGCUCCGCGCCUGGCUGCACGGCGAGAGGAGGGGGCUCGGCGGCGUCUGCUACAAGGCCGCCGUGAUCGGCACCCGGCUGCACGCGGCCGUCUCGGUGUCCUGCAUCCUGAUGGCGUUCUACGUCCUGGCCCUCAAGUGAAGCCCCCCGUGCCCCCCGGUGCCGUCCCGGUGCCGCCGUUCUGGGGCCAAGGGCUUGGCCCCUGCCCGGGCGGGACGCAACCCCGGUGCCGCCGGCCCCUCCCCAUGGCCGGGGGGGUCCCGCGGGGCCGGGAGGACGCAGGGGGGGCGCGGGGGGUUCCCGGUGCGGCGGGGCCAGGACCAAUAAAGCACCGAGCUGCCCGC